AUGGAGAUUGAUUUGCUUAACCCCGACCCCAAGGUCGAGGCAACCAAGCAUAAGCUGAAACGGCUUAUUCCCAACCCAAACUCCUUCUUCAUGGAUGUCAAAUGCCCUGGCUGCCUUCAAAUCACGACCGUUUUCUCACAUGCUCAGACCGUUGUCCUCUGCGGCAGCUGCAACAUCAUGCUCUGCCAGCCGACCGGAGGCAAGUGCAAGUUGACUGAGGGCUGCUCAUUCCGCAAGAAGGUGGAGUAG